CCGCCAGGCACAGCGUCUCCGCCUCCGCAGGCGGGGACCCGAGCUAGAGCGACCGCGGGCCCGGCCCGGCCCGGCCCCGGAACGAGCGGGAGCGCGCGGCGCGCAGCGAGCCCCGGAGCCCGGAGGGCCGCAGCGAUGUUCCCCAAGGAGGCGACGUGGAACAUCUCGUUCGCGGGCUGCGGCUUCCUGGGCGUCUACCACAUCGGCGUGGCCUCCUGCCUCCGCGAGCACGCGCCCUUCCUGGUGGCCAACGCCACGCACAUCUACGGCGCCUCGGCCGGGGCGCUCACCGCCACGGCGCUGGUCACCGGCGCCUGCCUGGGCGAGGCAGGUGCCAACAUCAUCGAGGUGUCUAAGGAGGCCCGGAAGCGGUUCCUGGGUCCACUGCACCCCUCCUUCAACCUGGUAAAGACUAUCCGUGGCUGCCUGCUGAAGACCCUGCCUGCUGACAGCCAUGAGCGCGCCAGCGGGCGUCUGGGCAUCUCCCUGACCCGCGUCUCUGAUGGCGAGAACGUCAUUAUAUCCCACUUCGGCUCCAAGGACGAGCUCAUCCAGGCCAACGUCUGCAGUACCUUCAUCCCUGUGUACUGCGGCCUCAUCCCUCCGGCCCUCCAGGGCGUAGUGAGUAUCCCCGGGGCACCUUUCCCGGGCGACCACAGUUGUUCCCUGGGCAGGCAGUGGGACGAGGCAGUGGGGAGGAGGAAGGGCAGCGGUGCCUCCCCCCAACCCCCCCCCAGCCUGUUGCCUCACUUCCACGUUACUCAAGAGCCAGGCGGGCCCCCUGGAGAUGCAUACUUCCUGUGGCUGUCUCUGCCCCUCCCCCAAGGUCUGGCCAUCUGCUCGGCAGCCCGUGGCCAGUGCCCAGUGGGUGAAAGGCUCGAAGGAAAUAGCCACGGGGUGGGGCCCGAGGUGGCCCAGUGGGUUAGCCAGCUCAGUCCUCAGGCCUCUCCCUGUGUGGCCGUGCGUCCCCAGCGCUAUGUUGAUGGCGGCAUCUCAGACAACCUGCCACUCUACGAGCUCAAGAACACCAUCACCGUGUCCCCCUUUUCGGGAGAGAGUGACAUCUGCCCACAGGACAGCUCCACCAACAUCCACGAGCUCCGGUUCACCAACACCAGCAUCCAGUUCAACUUGUGCAAUCUCUACCGCCUGUCCAAGGCCCUGUUCCCGCCCGAGCCCACGGUGCUGCGGGAGAUGUGCAAGCAGGGUUACAGGGACGGGCUGCGUUUUCUGAGGCGCAACGGCCUCCUGAACAGGCCCAACCCCCUGCUGGCGCUGCCUCCGGCCCGCCCCCGUGCCCCCGAGGAUGAGGAUGUGGAGGAGGCCCAGGGGGCCACAGAGAGGGCCCUGGCGGAGGGCCCCUUGCAGCCACCCUUGGAGGACCACAUCCUGGAACGUCUGCCUGCGAGGCUCAAUGAGGCCCUGCUGGAGGCCUGCAUAGAGCCCAAGGACCUGCUGACCGCCUUCUCCAACAUGCUGCCUGUGCGUCUGGCCACGGCCAUGAUGGUGCCCUACACUCUGCCGCUGGAGAGCGCUGUGUCCUUCACCAUCCGCUUGCUGGAGUGGCUGCCUGACGUCCCUGAGGACAUCCGGUGGAUGAAGGAGCAGACGGGCAGCAUCUGCCAGUACCUGGUGAUGCGUGCCAAGAGGAAGCUGGGAAGCCACCUGCCCUCCAGGCUGUCGAAGCAGGUGGAGCUGCGCCGCGCCCAGUCACUGCCGUCUGUGCAGCUGUCCUGUGCCACCUACAGCGAGGCCCUGCCCGGCUGGAUGCGCACCAGCCUCUCGCUCGGGGACGCGCUGGCCAAGUGGGAGGAGUGCCAGCGCCAGCUGCUCCUGGGCCUUUUCUGCACUAACGUGGCCUUCCCACCCGAUGCCCUGCGCAUGCGCGCCCCCGCCAGUCCUGCCCCUGCGCCCCCACAGCUGCCACCCGGCUCGCCCCCUUGCUGAGUGUUCCCCCCACCCCACCCUGCUCCGCCCUUCCCCAGCCCCCUGGGGUCCCGGUGCUGAGGGCUGGGUCCCCCAGCUUCCCUGCCCCGUGAGGUGGGGGCCCUGGGGCGGGCUGAGGUCCCCCCUCCUGGGCCUCUCUCCAUGACCACCGCAGGAGUCAGGACAAGGGGCCCCUCACGGCUGCUAGGAGGGGACUUGCCGUCGACCCCUCCACCGACCACUCUCUUGCUGCGCUGAAGAAAGAGGGGUAGCGAGUACCCCUCCCCUCACCUGUGCCUUUAUCCCCCCCCCCCUCAGGCCCUGCCCCAGGGCUGGGGAGGAGGGCUGGGCUGCACCACCCCCCACCCCACCCCACCCCCCACCCCCCCCCCACCCCCCCCCCCCCCCCCGGCCCAGCCCAGCGUCCCCCAGUCCGUGCAGUAUUACUCCCUAGAGCUUUGCACCUGCGCCUCCCUCAUUCGGCAAGUUUUGCCAGAGAAGAACGUUUGUGAAGAAUUAUUUAUUUUCGCCAAAGCAGAUAUAAUAAAUGCCACAGCUCGGCCCCGCCUCUCUCACUGCGUGUGACUCCCGGGCCACAGGGGCCCUACUGUCCUCCAGCCUGGCAUUCCGGGCCUGAGGCCUUCCCCUAAAGGCCCUGGUGGGCCCGGGUUCUAGCCCACUUCUCCGCCUGGGACUGCUGUGUUUGCCUCACUUUGCCCGGAGGUGUGCUGCCCGACCCUUGGGCACAGCUUUCCAAGGGCCAGCGGAAAUGCCGGGACCAAGAUCGUCACUAAAUAAAAACCGACAAAUGCUUACCAAA